AUGCAAAAGCAUAACAUCACAUACCUAGGAGUGCUGCAAUGUAAGGAGGAACCAGUAGUGUUAACACAAUCCUUCCAUUUCUCAGACUUACCGUACUUUUCAAGAAGCCAAGCCAAAAAUGUGUCAACUUUCAUGGCAAGAGAAUUGUCAAAGAGAGUAGAUUAUGGAUUUACAGCAACAACAGUGGAUGAAUACCUAGUGUACUCGAAUAAAUGGAGUACAGGAUUGUGUAUUUUAUGUAUUUGUAACUCACAAUACCCAGCAAGAACAGCAUUUGGACUCCUGCAACAUUCGUUCUUCAUAUUUAAUGAUAAAUACUGUUAUGAAGAUUUAAAAUUUGAUAAUGAUUUGAAUCUGAGCCUUCCAGAGCUUAAAGAAUUGAUAUUAAAGUACAAGAACCCGGAAGCAGUAGAUAUGUACCAGAACGUAUACGGAAAGGUACAGAACACAAUCAACAUCGUUCACAAAACAGUAAAAGACCUGUUAAACUGCGAAGAAAACCUGGAAUCAUUGGUAAACCAAAGUAAGGACCUGUCAUCAAGAACAAAAGACGUUUUCGCUAAAAGUAAAAAGCUAAAGAGGAGAAGCUGUUGUUCAUUGAUGUGA